AUGUCAUUCGAAGAAGACUUCCUGAAUGAGAAUCACAUUGAAGAGUUCAAAAACGCUCUUGAUUAUGAAGACGAUAGCUGGAGUUUCUCGCGUUCCCCCUCCAUGGUGUCGCUGAAUGAAGAACCGAUAGAGCUGAUUUCCUCCAAAAAUGACUGGCUUCCCAUUCACAGAAAGAUCACCAAGCCGGGGUCGCCCGGCCACAAAAGGCGGAAGAGCUUCUCUGCAUACAACAAUGUGUUUCAGUCUGGGUGGACGUUCAAAUUCUUGAGAUUCCCCAUUCUCGCGUUCAUUUUGCUGUGGAUGUUCGUUCUAUUCCUUUGUUAUUUUGUCGUGAGAAUUUACGUGGCGUUUUACGAAUUUUUUUUUGCAUGGACGGGAGAAAGAAGGAAGCUCAGGGACAGAUUGCGCCAUUCGGAAAGCUACCAGGAAUGGAUAGAUAAUGCGAGGUCUUUGGACAAAUUUCUGAAGUAUGACCAAUGGAGAAAGGAUGAUCGCUUUUUUUGCUAUGAUUGGAAGACUGUGCGGCGGAUAGUUACUGAUCUGGCAGACAGUGUUGAGAAGAAGGAUGUUGAAAAGGUGGUGAGCAUACUGCAAAACUGUGUCAAAGCUAAUUUUGCUAGCACAGAGAAUCCCCUCCUUUACUCACAGUGUUACUAUGGGACCAAAAAACUGAUAGAAAUCUAUAACAAGCUAGUGGUUGAUGCUCUGGAGUUUGUCAUAGACGAUGAAAGCAUGCCUUCUGAAGACAAAAAGGUGUUUUUCAAAGCUCUUUCCAAAAACUUUGGCAAAAGUGCUCUUUGUCUCUCUGGUGGUGCUUGUUUUGCCUACAGUCAUUUUGGAAUAUUAAAGGCAUUGAUUGAAAACGACGCCAUGCCCACUAUCGUCAGCGGAACAUCAGGAGGUGGUCUAGUCGCUGCCUUGGCCUGUGUCCGCACCAACGACGAGUUAAGACAACUGAUAGUGCCUGAGCUCGCAAAUAAGAUCACGGCGUGUAGUGAUCCAUUUUCGGUUUGGUUCAAACGGUGGUGGAAGACUGGUGCUAGGUUUGACCCGGUUGAUUGGGCGAAAAAGUGUUCUUGGUUCACCAUGGGAAGCCUGACUUUCAAAGAAGCUUAUGAACGAACUGGAAAGAUUCUCAAUAUCAGCACGGUUCCAAGUGACCCCCAUUCGCCUGUGAUAUUGUGUAAUCAUAUUACAUCUCCAGAUUGUGUGAUCUGGUCCGCUCUUCUGGCUAGCUCAGCGGUUCCCGGUAUACUUCCACCGGUUGUUCUGAUGAGCAAACGUAGGGACGGUUCCAUCACCUCGUUCUCGUUUGGAAGCAAAUGGAAAGAUGGAAGUUUGAGAACUGAUAUACCCGUGGAGGCAUUGAAUACAUACUACAAUGUGAAGUACUCGAUAGUGUCCCAAGUUAACCCGCAUAUAUCGUUGUUUUUCUAUGCUCCAAAGGGUUCUGUUGGGCGGCCUGUGUCCAGGAGAACGGGGACGAUCGGUUUGAGAGGUGGUUUCAUUGGUGCUGCACUGGAGAACCUUCUGAAGCUAGAGAUCACCAAAUGGCUGAAACUGAUUAGAGACUUUGAUUUGCUUCCUCGUAUAAUGGACCAAGAUUGGUCGAACAUCUGGCUCCAACGAUUUAGUGGGACAGUUACUUUAUGGCCGAAAAUCAAACUGGGAGAUUUCAGGUAUAUUCUUAGUGAUCCUACUCCAGAGAGACUGGAGAAGAUGAUUGCAAGUGGAGAGCUAUGUGCCUAUCCCAAGCUAUUGUUCAUCAAACAUAGACUGGCCAUAGAAAGAGCCAUAGAGCGUGGAAGAAGAGAAGUUAGAAAACAAAGCGGCAGGAAGUCCAGAGGUAAUACAAUGGAACAGGGUGUGGCAGGCGUGGAUCUUACAGCUCAGUUCUCGCAGUUAUCUGAAUCACCUUUUGAUAACUCAGAUUUGGAUGGGCAUGGAAAUGUUAGUUUCGAAACUCGAUUCCAUGAUGAUGAUGAUGAAGAUACCGACACAGACGAACCUCAAAGCUACUAUGAUGAUGACAGUGAUCGUUCGGAGGAAGAGAAGACUCCCAGUGUUCCACAUACGUCUAUCACGAAUAGGUUAUCACGCCGCGCGAGUUCAUGGUGGUAG